AGCGCUGCAACGAAAAAGGAAAAACAAACGGAGAGGGAGAAGAGGCUCGAACUGGAACUCGAAAUCGCGCGAAAUCGAUUUUGACGUAAACCGGAAAGCCCGCCGGAGUCGCUUUUCUGUUCGGUUAAAAGCCUUAACUGCUUCUCUUCCCUGACUGACCAUUUGAGAAAUCUGUCAGGCCAUCCUUGGAUCCGAAAACUCUAAGAAUCACGAGGAGUCUCACUGAAAUCACCAACUGUUUUGAUCAGUUCCGUCGCCGUCGAACAGAUUCCUGGCAGAGCUUCCUUCUAUUCCAUCUUGUAUUGAUUACUGAAGUUUUCUGGUUUGAAACAGCUUGUUGACGCCAGUUGCCAUGGGAUCGGAGUUAGUCGAUUUUAAAAAGCUUCGAAUUUAAUCGAUUGUUUUCAUCCCGAUUGUGUUUAGUGGUUUGAUUUGUCGGAAUUGGUUAGGUUAAUCGAUCGGCUAUUCGCCAGAGUUUGUGACCCUGAGCGAUCUGAGCGAUUUAAUUUUUGAGAUUCCUUCCAAGAUAAAGGAAUAGCGGUUGGUGAUUUGUCCCAGCAGAAUUGGCAGGAUCCUGCCGGGUAGGAGAAGUUUUGGACUUGAGUUCGAACCCGAACCCUAACCCUAGCGCGCCACGUGGGCGGGUGGUGGUGGCGGUGGUGGUUUUUUGUUGGUAGAUCUCACAACCGUUGGAUUGGGAUGUGCCACGUGUCGCACAGGUAGCUAGUGCUCACUGGGCACUUUCCCCAUUGGAGAGGACCAAGAUUUGUUGAUUCUCAUUGUAUCUACGUUUUCCCCCCUCUUUAUGGGACGCUGCUGAUCUGGGGAGCCAAAGGAAGAAGAAUUUUCAGGAGGUUGUUUCUCUUUGUGCCACAAGUAUUGUGAUUGUGUAAGAUAUGCUUCAGUAAUAAGGCAAGGAAUGCUAAGUAUUGCAAUGGAACUGGCAGACAGGGCAGUGGGGUUUCUAUUAUCGCUAAUUAGUUUAUCAAUUUUCACUUAUUAUACAUUUUGGGUUGUCAUCCUGCCGUUUGUGGACACAGAUCACUUUAUCCACAAGUACUUCCUCCCUCAGGAGUUUGCUAUACUGAUACCAGUUUUUGCUGGUGUGACACUUUUGUGCUUCUUAUGUGUCUUUAUUGGGCUUGUGAUGCUUAAAUCCAAAAAGAAGAGGGCUUGAAGCAGCAUAUGUUCUCAUUCUUACAAAGUAAUUAGUAGGACUCUGAAAUUUUACAUUGUUUUUCGUUCUAGUGGUUCAGCUCAUUUUUGAGAGAGACGGAUUUUGAAAUAAUAAAGAUCAUGAGGUUCACAUUUUUGUUCUUCAGUUUAAUUUACUGAUUUUAUAAUGUAUGUCAUUAUGUGUAAAACAUCCACAUUAUGGCUACCUACUAUUUGUGUUCUUUAAGCUUUUUCA